AUGGAACAAUAUGAGCCUUUAGAAAUUAUUGGUACAGGAUCUUUUGGCCUCAUUCGUAAAGUAAGACGAAAAUCCGAUGGUAAGAUAUUAGCACGCAAAGAAAUUGACUAUCGGCGCAUGAAUGAAAAAGAAAUGACUCAACUUAUGACAGAAGUUAAUAUUCUCCGUGAACUUAAUCAUCCCAAUAUUGUGCGUUACUAUGAUCGACAUAUUGAUCAAAUGAACUGUAUGGUGUACAUUAUUAUGGAAUAUUGCGAAGGAGGUGACCUUUCCUCAAUAAUCAAGAAAUGCAAAAAAGAAAGAAAUUAUUUGCCUGAAAACACUAUCUGGUACUUCUUUAUUCAGAUAUUGCGAGCGCUUCAUGAAUGUCAUUAUGGCUAUGGUAGUAGCAAAUGUGGUUCAGAUCAUAGUCAACAACACAUAACGAUAUUACAUCGUGAUAUAAAACCGGAUAAUGUAUUAUUGGGUAGUGAUAAUAAGCUUAAAUUGGGCGAUUUUGGUUUGUCGAAAAAGCUGAAUUUAGGUCGAGAACUUGCACAAACUUAUGUUGGUACUCCUUAUUAUAUGUCUCCGGAACUAAUAGCUGAAUCACAUUAUGAUACUAAGUCUGAUAUUUGGUCACUUGGAUGUUUACUAUAUGAGCUCUGUGCUUUACAACCGCCGUUUCAAGCAAAAUCUCAACCUAUUCUGGCACUAAGAAUCAGCGCUGGCACGAUCUCACCUAUACCAUCACGGUAUUCGGAUGAACUUCAUAAUAUAAUUAGAACAAUGUUAAUGGUUGAUCCGAACAAAAGGCCUACGACUGCAGAAUUAAUGAAGAAGUUGAAUCCAAUUAGGGAUAUAACAUAUCAAGAAGAGGAGCUUAAGCAACGAGAGGUAGCUUUAAACGGACGUGAAAUAAUGAUAGCAACUAAAGAGGAAGAAUUAAGCGGACGUGAAAUAAUGAUAGCAACUAAAGAGGAAGAAUUAAGACGAGGAUUUACAGAACUUCAACAACGCAAACAACAAUUAGAUUUUGAAAGACAACAAUUUACCAAUGAGGUUAACCUUCACACAGAGCAGUUUAGUAUGGAAGUCCAGCGAAAAAAUGAAGAAUUUAAAGUUGAAUAUGCAAAUCUUUUGCAACAAAAAGAAGAAUUAAAUAACGGCUUUCUAGAGCUUAAGCGACAGAAGGACUUGCAAGAGCAAAUCUUUCAAAAUCAAGAAUCAAGUUUAAAUGGUGAGGCAGUUGUAAAACCUCCCGUCCUACGGCAAGAAAUACCAAAGGCCAGACUGAGAAAGUUAAUAUAUCCCCCAUUAGAAGCACGACCUAGAAAUAGUACAUCAGUAUCAGUAUCAAGCAUGAUUUCUCAAAAACGAUUACAGCAGAGUUCACAAGGAUCCAGU